AUUGGCCUUUUGAGCAGAGUGAAUGUAGCGGAGGCGUGAAAUGAAAUAAAGUUUCUUGACAAGCACUACGUAAGCGCUUAUUUUUUUUGUUAAAGUUUACUUGUGCAAGAAUUACGAAAUACUCUGUAAAAUCCACUGAUCUUUACUAGUCACUUCAAAAAAGUCUUUGGAGAUAUAUAAGAAAAAAAAAGAGUAUCUUUGUUUUUGAUACUAGACAAAAUGGUCGUACCGGCAACAGUGAAUUUUCUAAAAUCAAAAUGGCGCCUAUUCAUUUCUGCUCAUCCUCUGGCCAAAGGUGUUAUCGCUUAUUCGAUUGUAUGGCCCACGAGUAGUUUCAUGCAGCAAACUAUCGAGGGCAGAGAACUCAAAGAUUAUGACUGGAUGCGCAUACUGCGUUUCGGUCUCUUUGGUGGCUGUUAUGUUGCCCCCACCCUGUACGGUUGGUUGCGUGUCGCUUCGACAAUGUGGCCACAAACGAAUUUACGCAUAGGUGCACUUAAGGCCAUCGUCGAACAAAUGUCGUACGCACCAUUUGCCAGCACCAGUUUCUACUUUGGCAUGACUAUGUUGGAGGGCAAGGGAAUCGAUGCAGCGAUUGCAGAGGUCAAAGAUAAAUUUCCAAAAACUGUAAAAAUUGCGAUUUUCAUCAUUCCUGUGUUGCAGACGAUUAACUUCGGCUUGAUUCCCGAACCCAAUAGAAUAUUAUUUGUUAGUUUUUGUAGUCUUUUCUGGAUUACCUUUUUGGCGCACAUGCAGAAAAAUGGCUCACAGCAACAAGAAAAGGAACAACCUAAACACAAACAACAAUUGAAACAAUUCCAACAUCACUUGCCAGUACUCACGCAGGAGAGUUUGGUGCCAAAAGUACGAAAUGCAUUGGCGCUAUAAUGACUGAAAUGUAGUAAAUACAUACACACAUACAUAUGUGCAUAGUACAGAGAACUUCAUGCCCAUAUGCUACGGCACAUAUACUUACAUAGUGAUAAGGCCAAAUACGUGAUACGCUUAUUAAACUAUUUUAUACCUACUUGUAACGUUUGUACUUACAUACAUACAUACUAUCUACAUACACGCAUAUAUUCUGGGAAUUUAAACAACUAUUUUUAUACAUAUAUAUAAUACAUAUUUAUUUUAUUCGAUAAAUUAAUAAAGAGACUUCUUUUGAUUCGCAAAAA